CUAUGUUCGAAAAUUGCCAGUAAAAGAAGUAAAUUGGCAGCAUUAAAAAUUACUGACGUUUUGUUUCUAUCACCUCCUACCAGUAAUUAGCUGAGAAAUAACAAAAGUUAAGUUUAUGAGUGCAAAAUAUCAAGUGCGUAUAUAGUGCACGUAUAAAAAUAAAAAAAUAUGCCAAUGACUUGUAGCAUACUUGGCUGUUCAAGUAGAUAUUCGAAAGGAAAAAAUAUCAAAUUUUUUCGCUUUCCUCUCAAAGAUAAGUGUCGAUUGACAGCCUGGUUAAAUGUGAUAAAAAGAGAAAAUUGGAUUCCCAGCAAAUUUGAUACUGUUUGCAAUGAACAUUUUACCGCAAAUGAUUUUAUGCCUUGUCGAGAGGCUUAUAAAACAUUUUUAAGGCCAACAGCAGUUCCCUCUAUAUUUCCUUCUUCUACAAAAAGUAACAAAAGGAAGAAAUACAAAAUCAGAACGAUAGAUAAUGAAAAUAAAAAAAAUAAGGAAGAUAAUAUAGAAAAAAAUAACAGAUCUUAUGAAGAAAAGUUUAUAAAUAUUCGCGUUGAGAUAGAUAGAACAAUAGAUAAAGAUAUAAAUAAUUCACAUAUUAAUAUCCAGUCAGAAGUAAGUUACAAAAAUAUUGAAAAUGUACAUAUGAUAAAAGAUGUAAUAGAGGAGCCAAAUAUAUAUAAUGGAAACAUCAAUAGUAACAUCAAUCUAGAAACAUGUAAUUCAGAAACAGCUAUAACAGAAGAGUCAUGUGUAAUAUCAUCAAUGUAUGAGCCGAUGAAAGUUGAAAAAUAUCAAGUAAAUAAUUAUGAUAAUUUAGACUGUUUGAAAUUGCAUUGUGCAAAAAGAUCACCAACUCCCAACGAAAUAAAUUUGCGCCAUAAAAUUUGCAUGUUACAGCAGAAACUUCGUAGGAGAGAUGCUAAAAUUAUAUAUCUGCGACGGCUUUUAAAACAUUUAAAACAGAAGGAGGAUAUUUUAUCUGUCAUUCAACAUUUAUGAAAAAGGCAUCAUCAGUUAAUGCAUAAUUAGGGUUUCAAAAAAUUUGCAAUUAAAUAUAUAUAUAUAUAUAUAUAU